CUUCUACUAAUCCUCAUUAACUAGUUAUCCACUAAUCACAAUGCUAACCAGCAUGCUUAAACUUAACCCCCAAACCCGUGCCUUAUGGCUCUCCGGCCUAGCCGCCGCUUACCGCACCGCCGCCGCCUGCGCCAUCGUGGCUGUCGCCACCCUUUUCGGCCCCGCCGCCCUACGAAUCCAAGUCGCCUUCCCUGCGUUCUCCUACGUCACCGUCAUCCUUGUCAUCACGGGCGCCUCCCUAGGCGACACUUUUCGUGGCUGUUGGGACGCGUUUUGCGCGACAGUGUUAACCGUCAUUCCGGCUAUCCUGGGGCUUUGGGCGAUAGGGCCCGCGGAGCUGACGACGGCGCUUACGGCGGUAGUGGUGGGUAUGGCGGCGUUUGUGGUGAUGUUGCCAGAUCAUAAGACACAUUUGGUGUCUAAAAGAAUAGCGUUGGGGCAGAUUGUAAUUAUCUACGUGGUGGCGUAUGAUAAGGGUGGUGAAACUGAUCCGGUUAUGCAUCCGGUACACGUGGCGGCUAGCACCGCCGUUGGGGUGGUGGCAUGUGUCAUCGCGUUGUUGCUUCCAUAUCCUGGUCUGGCUACAUGUCAGGUGAAAAAGAAGUGCAAGCUUUAUGCAGAUAAUGCGUCAGAGAUGGUAAAACUGUGUGUGAAGGCGUUUUGUGCGAAUGACGACACAAGUGCACAAGCAUUUGUUUCACAGGCCAAGUCACUAUCCAUUAAAGGAAGCAAACUCCUAAAUGCCAUCAAGUCUAAAAAAGAAAGCAUGAAAUGGGAGACAAUUCCAAUAAAUUUCUUGAAACCCUACUGCAUGAAAACAGCAGAAAAGUUGCAAGAUACAGAGAUGCCAAUACAAGGCAUGCUAAUUGCUUUGCAAAAUAUUCAUCCAUUUCCACCACAAAUCCUUGAUCAAGAUCUAAAAGAUCACUUGGAUAACCUUGAAGAAAACAUAAGCCAAACCUUUGAUCAGUUAAAGUCUUGCAUGCCCUUUGAUUUAGCAACUUUUCCUGAAUCAAACCAUGAAAAUCUAAUGCUUUCCCCCCAUACUUUCCCCCAAUCCCACAAAGAUUUGCCCUCUUUUUUCUUCUUGUUUUGUUCCAAUUUACUUCAAAGAAAGAUGAACAACAAUUCACUAAAAAACCCUCCCUCACCAGCCGAUCAACGGAGUAAAAAGAGUCAAAAAGAGGGCCUUUUCGAAUGGAUUAGCGCAUUUGUGAUGCAUAGAAGGUUCACACUAGCAUUGAAAUGUUCAUUAUCAGUAGGUUUUGCUGUUCUAUUUGGGCUGAUAUAUAGUAAACAAAAUGGGAUAUGGUCUGGACUGCCUGUAGCAAUAAGUUUUGCAGCUUCAAGAGAAGCCGUAUUUAGGGUAUCCAAUCUCAAAGCUCAAGGAACUGUGUUGGGAACUGUAUAUGGAGUAUUGGGCUGCUUUGUUCUUGAAAAAUAUGUUAAAGUUAGGUUCUUGAUUCUUCUUCCAUGGUUCAUAUUCUGCAGCCUACUCAGGAGAAGCCGUAUGUAUGGUCCGGCUGGUGGGGUGUCAGCCGUAAUUGGGGCUGUGCUAAUUCUUGGUAGGGAGCAUUUUGGGUCACCAACGGAAUUCGCUAUCAUCAGAAUUGUUGAAGCGUUUAUAGGAUUAUCGUGUUCAAUCGUUGUUGAACUCAUGUUUCGGCCCACGAGAGCUUCAACUUUAGCCAAGAUCCAACUUUCCAAGAGCCUUCAAGUUUUGAAUGAGUGUAUAUGCACGGUGAGUCAUGGUGGUCAAAAGGAGUGUCUUGGAGGUGAUCUAAAGAAGCUUAAAGCUAAUGUGAAUGAGUUAAGAAAGUUCAUUGAGGAGGCUGAAAUGGAACCCAACUUUUGGUUUUUGCCCUUUAAUGGUGGUUGUUACAAUAAGUUGUUGAAGACUUUGUCAAACAUGGUGAGCCUUUUAGUCUUUUUAAACCAUGCAAAUGCUUCUUUACAAGAAGAAAACUUGAGUUUAGAUAAAGUGGAAGGUGAGGUUGAGCUUUUUAAAGAAAUGAUUCAACCUUCACUAAAGUGUUUUGAAAGUAUUGUUUUGGUGAAAUCACUAAACAAACUUGAGAAGGAACUUCAAAGGAAUAAUGCUUGUGACACAUCUAGUGAUCUUGAGUUGGGGAAGUUACCAAUUCCCCAAAAUAAAUUACAUAGACAUGGACCAAAUGGUGAGGAUGAGAUAGACAAUAUCAUUGAUUCCUAUCUAAAAACAUCAUAUGAACUUGUUUUUGGUGAAGUGUGUGGGGAGGUGAAGGGGCAUGAGGUGGUAUUGAGUUCAAGUGCUUUUGCCUUUUGCAUGAGAGGGUUGGUAACGGAGGCUAGGGAGAUUGAGAAGGGUCUCAUGGAACUUUUGCAAUGGGAGAAUCCUUCAAGUCAUGUAAAUUUGUAUGAAAUUUCCUCUAAGAUAGACGCUUUAUACAAUAUUUGACUUGUAUUGCUUGGAAAAUUUAUGAAAAUAACGAAAUAUUUUUCGAUAUAUA